UAGAAGGUUAUUGUUGUUUGUGAGCGGUGAACGGUCUACGGUGAAAAGAGGCUGGUUGUUCAGUUGGGUGUUUUUUGUGUGACUGACCGCGAUGACUCCCGAAAGCAAGAAACCUGAACGCAGAACUCCCGAAGGCAACAGAGAGUCAUGGCAGAGUCAGCUGGCGAGUCCUGAGGAAAGACUCGCUUCGCUCCUUCAGUGUAACAGACUCACUGACCUUACCAUCACCUUCCCUGGGCACAAGAGGGUCAUGAAGGCCCACCGCCUCGUGCUGGCCAUGAGCUCCCCCGUUUUCGAGGCCAUGCUCUUCGGGCCCCUGGCGGAGCUUCAGGGCCGCGUGCUCCACCUUCAGGACGAGUCUCCCGAAGCCUUCAAGUGCCUGAUGCAGUACAUGUACCUCGGGCGCAUCGCUCUGCCUGGCGUGGGUGUGGCGGUGGAGGUCCUGCGUCUCUCCCGGAGGUACCAGAUGGCCGGGUUGUUCUCCUUCAUCUCACAGUUCCUCCAGAUCAACCUCAACUUGUACAACUUGCCCGAAAUCUACGAUGUGGCCCUCCAUGUAUCCGACACGCCUCUCAUUUCGAAGUGCUCCCAGUUUGUGCGGAAAUCGCCGACUCACCUCCUGACCUCAAACGUAAGGUUUUUGAGCCGUCGCGUGUUGGCCCACAUCAUGGCGCAACCUAUCAAUAUCACUGAAGUUGAAAAGUUUGCUGCGGUGUUGACGUGGGGACGCAGCCAGCUCGAAGCUCGGCAGAUGAAGGAAUCGCCGGAGAACCUGCGCCGCGCCAUUGGAGACUUCCUCCCGCAGAUGGAGAUCCUGACCAUGAAACCCGACGACUUCGUGGACUGCGUGGCGCCGACCGGCAUCUUCACGAGGGACGAGAACAUGGCUAUCCUCCUCAACAUCAAGCGCGUCCCGGGAGUGCCUCUUCCCUCGGCCUGCGUGAAGACCUCGAAGAAAGCUCUCCAGGACGAACGCCAACUCAAGUGCGUCCACUUCGACUUCAACCGCCACGCUCGCCAGGGCUCGAUCCGCGUGCACAGCCACCAGGACCAGACGCUCCUGGCCAACCUGAAGGCGUCCAAACCCGUCCAACUGAAGCGCGUGUUCUGCGACCACAUCGCCUUCCACGAAGCCACGGCCACGGUCAGAGGGGCGUGCGGACUGGUGCAGCAGACGGUCACAAGCGAAGGACCGGACGGCUUUUUCCCCACGCCGGUCACCCUCCGUCCUGGCAUGUCCUGCACGAUCACAGUCAAGACGAAGGGCUUCUGUUGCCCCCUGAUGCACAGCUUCUCUCUGUGGCAUGACGGGAUCAGGUUCGAGGGCCAGCGACCUUUCCUCAAGGCAAAAGGUCCGAUGCUCUAUUUCUGGAGUUUAGAAGACACUCCGGAAUAAGACGGAGCUUUGACGUCAUGAUGGCAGUCCCUGUCUACACCAAAAAAUAAUUGGACAGCGAGACGUCCCAGCAACAAGAUGAACGGAAUGUAUUAUCAUUUUCUCUACCGUAGUCUAUUUCCAGUGAUUUGAGACUGAGUGUGAUUUCACUCUUCUAUAUUAUUUUCAUUUGGGAAGUACAUUGCAAGGGCAGUGCGAGUACUUUUUUGUUUGAAAGAAUUAUAUAUCGUGGUCAUAAACAACUUCACUCUAACUUUCUCAAUAUACCUAUCAAUCUAUAUAUUUUUUUUUUUUGUUGCAUUCACCAGGGUAUC